CUCUGUUUCUCCUCUCGGUAUAGGGAUUACACUGUAAGGUAUACGAGCAGGAAAGAGAACUUGAAAAACUGAGAAUAUAUUAUUUACAAAAGAUCUUUCUCUGUAUCUCUCCCAACCACACCACUUGUCACUAAGAUGUUAUAAAAUGUUAAUCAUGUCUAUUUGAGAUCAAUUUUAUCUACGUGGUAUAGAUUCUGUUUGUAUAGCACAUGAUGGCCAUGACUAACCAGUCCAGUGAAGGCACUGCCCUGGUGCAUCAGCAGAUGUUUAAGGUGGAACUGAAUGAGGGGCCGUUGUCUAAACUGGUUGUGGCCAUUCUCAUGUCCCUGCUUUUCACCUGCAUCAACAGCAUCAUGUUUCACACUCUCAUGAGUAAGCCUGUGUUUAGAGAGCUGCCUCGCUAUAUUCUCUUUGCCCACAUGCUUUGUAACGACACAGCUCAGUUACUGGUCUCUCUGUUGCUCUAUGUUUUGACUAUGAAUUUACAGCUGAUUCCGAAGGCUGUAUGUGCGCUUAUCAUACUUGUGACAGUGACAACUUUCCGCAAUGCUGCAUUGAAUCUGGCUGUGAUGUCGCUUGAGCGCUAUGUGGCUAUUUGUUUUCCACUAAGACACAGUGAGAUGGUGACCCAGAGAACGGCAGGCAUUUCUAUUGUGUUUAUCUGGCUCUUCAGUUUAAUAAAUUUUGCGAUAGAUAUUAUUUAUGCACUGAUAAUCGAUCCAUCGUCUUUUAAAGAUCCCAUGUUCUGUACUCGAGAGAGGUUGUUUUUGUCAUCAUGGCAAAAUGAUGUGUUUCAGGGCUUCAAUUAUUUUUUCUUUGUGACUGUUACAGCCAUUUUAUUUUUCACCUACAUUAAUGUUGUAGUUGCAGCUCGAUCUGCUUCAGCUGAAAAAGAAUCUGCUAAGAAGGCUCAUAAGACCAUACUGCUUCACCUUGUUCAGUUAGUUCUCUGUGUUAACACAUUUAUUUAUGGAACCGUAGAAAGAGCCCUUGCCAUGACCAGCAGCAGUCGUCUGUUCAUGGACCUGCGCUACCUGAACUUUCUCUUUGUUCUCAUUCUGCCUCGGUGCCUGAGCCCCCUGAUCUAUGGCCUGAGAGACGAUGUUGUUAGGCUCUUAUUCCUCUACUAUGCCAGGUGUGGAACCCAAAAGGUCAAGCCCUCUGUAACUGCACACUAGAACAGUGUUUCUCAACUGUUUGGACGUUCUGAAAGGAUCGUGGAAGGAGUUCCGAUUAAACAAAACAAAACAAAAAUCCUAGCCCCCAGCUCUAACAUUAAGAUAUGUCUGACCCUGGUUCUGCACAUGAUUAGCAACAUUAGUCAUUCAACCAAUCAAAGCCUAUCAGAUAUUUUAAUUUCAAAUGUAUCAACAUAUCCAACGUCACUAUGACAAUGAGUGAGCUGUGCAUGCUACACUGAUCUCUCGCACAGAUCUACUGCUUGUGUAAUAAGCUACGAUGGAUACAUUUCUUAGGAAUACUGUUAAAUCUCCCUGUACACCAAGUAUCAGCUCAGGAAGAAAAAUACAAAUGGACGUACGACCCGGGUUUUCAUAAAUAUGGAUUUACUUCCACAGCCAAACUUGAUGAAUGACCGCUGUUUAUUUGCUAUUGGGUAGCGAGUUUGUAUGUUAAACUUUGGGUUGCGGAGCAAAACAGGUUGGGAACCACUGCACUAGGAGACCGGAUAGAGGACAACAGAGACAGACCUCAUUCUUCUAUCAUCACUUUAAAAAUGUUACCAGUACUUGAUAAAGUUGGUGUGAACAUGUUUAAAUGAAAUGUUUAUCAUAUUGCAGCAUAUUUCUAUUGGGUGAAAUAUUGUGUUAAGUUGUACAUCUGGCGGUAUAACUCCCAAAAGGUCAAACACCCUGUAACGGCACAUUAAUGAAAAAUAUGUGAUUGAAUACAGACAUGUUAACCAUCAU